AUUCCCUAAAUUAUGGAGGCCAAACAUCCCCACAAGGAUAGUAAUACCAGUAAAUUUUGACCUUAUACUGACAUUUUUUGGUCACCAUGAGGAAAACAGCUUAUAAAUCAUAUUAAAUGGAGUAUUUUGAAAAUGUAAAUGAUGGGUGUGUUUAGGGGUAGGAGAUAUAAUAUACAGUUUGUACAGUAUAAAAAAAUGUUGUCUAUAGAAUGUGGAAAUCCAGCAUGUGUGUGUGCGUGUGUCUGCUUUUUUUCAGUCAGAAUUGUUCUGCUAGGAAAGAAUGUAUCAGAAAACAGCAGAGUUGGAAACACUAUACUGGGAACAGCAGUGUUUCACAGUGAAGCUCCUUCAUCUUCUUCACAGCAGCACAGCGUGAGAAUCAGUGGAAAGGUGGAGAAGAGACACAUCGCAGUCAUCAACACUUCUCACCUGCUCCAGCCAGAGCUCUCAGAGCAUCAGAUCACACAGACAGUGAGAGAGUGUGUGUCUCUGUCUGCUCCAGGACCUCAUGUGAUCUUACUCGUACUGCAGUAUAAUGACUUCACUGAUGAGGACAGACACAGAGUGAAAACUGUGCUGAAACUCUUCAGUGAGAAGGCCAUUAAACACACUAUAGUGCUGACUACUGAUGAAGAGCCACGCACAUCAAUGUUACCUUUUAAGAUAUGGAAUAACACUAUUGAUAAUUUAAUAAAGGAGUGUGGAGGAGAACUUCUUCAGUUUGAUACAAGAAACCCAGAAUGGUGCUCUGAGAUGUUGAGAAGGACAGAGGAGAUGCUCAAAGAAGAACAUGAAGAAUUUAUCUUCUGUAACAGGUAUGAGGAUAAAGAUGAUGGAACAUCAGUGGACGAAGAUCCGGCCAGAUCUGGAGGUUCAGUCCAAAGAGACAACAAAGAGGAGGAGGAUUCUGACCUUAAUGAGGAUGGAAAACUCCACAAGAACAAAAAAACAGGAAGUGAUGGAGGAGGACUGUUUGAUACUAAACUGAGUAAUGAGGAGAUCCAGAGAGAAAUCACCAACUGCAUCUCCAUGAUCCUGCCUGGACCACAUGUGUUUCUCUUACUGAUACCAGUGGGACGAUUCACUCAAGAAGAAGCAACAGCAGUGAAGAUCAUCCAAGAGACGUUUGGUGAAAAAUCUUUAAUGUUCACCAUGGUGCUCUUCACCAGAGGAGAUGACCUGAAGGACAAAACUGUUGAACAGUAUCUGGGAAAACCUGGAUCUCCUUUGAUGAGCCUGAUUGAAGCAUGUGGAAACAGAUACCAUGUGUUCAAUAAUAAUCAGACUGGAGACCGAACACAGGUGUCUGAUCUACUGAAGAAGAUAGAUGACAUGGUGAAAGAAAACGGAGAUAGUUACUACUCAUGUAAGAUAGAGGAAGAGAAUGAGAGAAGAAAAAAGAUAGAACAGGAAACAUGGGAUGAAUAUUAUCAGAGACUUAAACGAGAGAUAGAAAGAAGACAGAGAGAGAGAGAGGUUCUUCAGUCCAAACAUAAAGAAGAGAGAGAGAUAAUGAAGAAGAUGAUGGAUGAAGAAAGACAGCAUCAUGAUAAAGAGAGAAAGAGAAGAGAAGAGGAAUAUAAAGAAAGAGAAGAACAAUAUAAAAGAGAUAUUAAAGACAUAGAGCAUCAUGAAACAAAGAUAAGAGAGGAGAUGAAGAGAGAACGAGAGGAAUGGGAGAGACAGAAACAACAAGAAAGACAAAGAGAAGAAGAGGAGAAAGAAACACAUAUAUCCAAUGAACUUUAUAUGGGAACUCCUGAGGAUCAGCUCACAAGCAGUGAUGAAGAUUCACUAUCGGAUUCAGGAUGUUUGCGAAUCUUGAUGUUUGGGAGGACAGGAAAUGGAAAGAGUGCCACAGGAAACACUAUCCUUGGAAAAAAUGAGUUUCACAGUGAAGACAGUAAAUGUUUGGUGACCACUAUUUGUAAGAAGGGAGUUGUUGAAGAUGAUGGUAAAUCAGUAGCUGUUAUUGAUACUCCAGGUCUCUUUGAGACGACACUGUCAAAAGAACAAGUGGUGGAAGAAAUAAUGAAUUGUGUUUUACUGUCAGCACCUGGACCUCAUGUGUUCAUCAUUGUGUUGAGUUUGGGAAGAAUCACUCAAGAGGAGAGAGACACUCUAGAGAUGAUACAGAAGAUCUUUGGCCCAAAAGCAGCAGAGUUCAGCAUCGUUCUCUUCACUAGAGCAGAUGAUCUGAAAAAACAAACAAUAGAAGAAUAUGUAGAGAAGAUUAACAAUGAUGAACUCAAGAAACUGAUCAGAGACUGUGGAAACAGAUUCCUGGCUUUUAACAACACAGAAAUGCAAGAUCGGACACAAGUUACUAAACUGAUACACAUGAUAGAAGAGCUGAAGGAAUCUAAUGAGGAACGAUGCUUCACUAAUGAGAUGUUUGAGGAGGCAGCGAUCUCCAUUGAAAAGAGAAGGAACAUGCUAGAAGAGAAUAAAAGAAAAAAACAGGAUCAAGUUGAAGAACUAGAAGCCAAAUAUGACAUGGAAGACAAAAGCAUGAGAAAGAUACUGGAGGAAAAGAAACAUAAAAAAGAUGAAGAAAGAGUGAGGAUGGAGAAAAUGUUCAGAGAAAAAGUGGAAACACUCUGGAGAGAGUUUGAGGAGAAAGAAAAAUCAGAGCAGAAGAAACGAGAAGAAGAAUAUCAGAAACGAUCAGAAGAGGAAGAACAGCGAAGAGCUGAAUAUGAUCAAAGAAUAGAUGAGAUAAAGAGAGAGUUUGAAAAUCAGAAAUUACAGUAUGAAAAACUGCAAAAAGAAAGAGAAGAGGAAGAUAGAAAGAGAGAAGAGGAACAUAAACAAGAUCAAGAAAAGAUGAAAAAUGAGCAGGAGCGCAUCCUGGCAGAGUUAAGAAGAAAACAGGAAGAGGAAAUAAAAAAGAGAGAUUCCGAGGAACAAAUGAGGAAGAAGCAAGAAGAGAAAGAGAGAGAAGAAUGGACGAGAAAAAUAAAAGAGGCUGAAAAUGAUGAAGAGAUUAAACGACGGCAGAGAGAAUGGGAGGAAGAGAAGAAAAAACAGAUGAGAGAACAAGAGGAAGAGGAAAGACAGAGACAAGAGAGACACGAGGAACAACUGAGAGAAAAACAAGAAGAACUGGAGAACAUUAGAAAUGAAUUUGAAACCAACAGAGAAGAAGAAGAACAGAUGAUAGAGGAGGAGAAACACAAACAGAUAAGAGAGAGAGAAGAAAAAGAGAGAGAAUAUGAAGAAAAGAGAAAUGAAAAGAAAAACCGUUAUGAGCAGCUGGAGAGAGAGAGGAAAGAGGAUGUGGCCCACAUCCGGUACGUGCGGAUUACACGUGGACCAGAUGUGGGCUGGAUCUGGACUGACACGAUGUAG